GCCAGUCAACUUCCAAGUGCGUCAAGUCGUGCGCUACAAUACAAGUAAUAUAUGAAAUAGCAGGCAGCCGCGUAAAGUCGUGCGUAUCCCACCAGAAGAGGCUUCGAGUAAACUGUACAGACAGAACAUCAGAUGCAGUUGUGAAAGUAGGUUACAAAACCCCUCAAGCCAUAAGGAUCUUGUGAUUCUUGCCCAAAUUACACAAUCAUAAAAACACGCCCUUUCCUUUGGCUGUCUGGAGACGUGGCGCAGGUGAUGGAGGGUAUCCCGGUGAGCAUGGGCGGCUUGCAGACGCUGCCGUGGUACGUGGCAGGCUCUCAGGUGCUGGGGGUGGCUUGUGUGGUGAUCACAGGCGUGUGGAUGGGACAUUACCGCGGAGGCUACGCCUGGGACGGCUCGGUUCAAGAGUUUAACGUCCACCCUCUCUGUAUGAUCCUCGGCCUGGUCUUCCUCUACGGAGAUGCUGUUCUGGUUUAUCGUGUCUUUAGAAACGAGACUAAACGAUCAGUGAAGAUUCUCCACACUCUGCUUCAUACGAUGGCUCUUAUCAUCAGUAUUGUGGGUCUGGUGGCUGUAUUUGACUCCCAUUCUGCAGCUAAGAUCACUCAUAUGUAUUCUCUGCACAGCUGGUUAGGCAUGCUCACUUUUGUGCUGUUUUUCAUCCAGUGGUUACUGGGACUGGGAUUUUUCCUUUUCCCAUGGGCCUCUGCUCACUUGAAAAGCUGGUAUCUCCCGCUACACGUCUUCUUUGGCCUGUUGCUGCUGGCCAUGUCUGUGGGAUCCUGUCUGCUGGGAAUCACAGAGAAACUGCUCUUCAAUAUCAUGGAAGCUUACUCCUUGUUUACUGCUGAGGGGGUUCUGGCAAACAUUUUAGGCUUGUUGCUGGUGUGCUUUGGGGUCGUGGUGGGUUACGUGGUGACGAGAGAAGAUUUUAGGCGACCACCAAAUCCUGAGGAGGAGGCUCUAUCCGUGCACUUCAAGACCCUGUCUGAAGGAGAAAUUCCCAGUUCUCCUUAACACACUCCAAGUAUGGCCUUUCUGAACUUCCUGCCUUUCUGCCUUCCUAUUUGUGUCCUAGCCAACCUGUCAGCCACUAACAAAGGUACUCAGCAACAGACAUCAAAAAGUUAUGACAGGAUUAAAAAGUAUGCUUGUAUGAUACAGAAAAAUAUGUUACUGUUGUUACUGGAGUAAUUAAAUGUUCUAUUUUGAGGUCUAGGAGUUGUACACAUAGUGUCUUUAAAUGUGUUAGAUUCAGGAUGUAUUUUCUUGUGCCUUAACAUUUAUUUGUACCAGACUGCACUGAAAAACUGAAAUACUCUAUAAUGAUAAUUAUUAUUACUGUUGUCUAGAAUCAGAGGGCACAGCACUAAAUACCCAAUUGCAAGUAGCUUUGGAUAAAAGUGUCUGCAAAAUGACAAUAUUUAUUCCAAGCAGGAUUUUCAACAUUAGUUUUAUAUUACAGACUAAACUUACCAUGAUAUGCAGCUUUAUGUCAUAUUUGUAUGAAAAUAUGUCACAGUUCUGACUGCAUAAAUAACUGAAAAAUACUUGAAAAAUAAGUUGUAUUGUUAAGAGCGAAAUCUGUAAUAUUCAAAAAAAAGAAAAAAAAACCCAACAACCCCAAUUUAUAUUAUUUAAAUUUAAGAAAAAUCGCAUUUGUUACCCAAAGACACCGGUUUAAUAAUGAAAAUAUUUAUGAUAAUAAUGAUGACAAAAGUUUGUCUUACUGUUUUCCAUGUGCUGGUUUCUAAAAUCAGCUUGUAGUAGAGUGAUAGUGACUGUUUAAAACUAUACAUACACACAUUCUGCCUUUCCAUCUGAAAGAGUAUGUAUAAAUGAUCUGUAGCUGCCCUUGUACUGUCAUUGUGUGUUGGUGUUGUAUAGUGUCUAUUUUUUGUUCAUACUGCUUGCUUUAUAUGUUCAGUGUGAUUAUAAGCUAAAUAAAUUCAUGAGAAAUAUUUGACUCAA